CUUCCGGAAUCGCAUUGCUCGAAUGGCGGACACCGUGGUUGUCGUUUCUGUCAAGUACAAUAGUUUUGAUUCUGAAAACUCAUGUAAUAUUGCCGUGUCUGAUUUAUUAGAGUGGAGAAAAACGGGGUCGCGCGAAAAAUCGAAAUAUUUUACAUCUACUCGGUGACUACUUUAAUGAUCGUUAAAACGAUCGUUAGCGCCGGUAUACCCGCAAGUUUUCGUUCUGUCACACACACACAAAAGAUAAUAAUCAAGAUUUCUAGCGGGAGGCACAAAAGGCGAGAGGAACUUGAAAUAUAUUUCAGGGGGAUAAUAGGAAAAUACGGAAGGGCCUGUGUAAACUAUGCGAAUCAGAUGAUUCGAAGGGCUUUGCGAAAAAGGGAAAUAUCGCAGAUUUGAGUUAGUUCCAAAUUCGUGUCAUUAUGACGUACCGAACUUCGUACACGCGAUCCUCCUUUAUUAUACAAUUUUCCUUUCCUUGGAUUCGCAUAGAGAUAUUAAUUAUGUAUUUUCCAUCGUAUUAACAUCCCAUAUAUUAAUUCUCUAUGUGACUGUGAUAGAAAUACUCUGUGUCUUCUCGUCUUAUUUACUUAUGCCGAAUGAAUGUCGAAGCAAACACCAUAAUAUUUCAUGAGAUAUAGUUAUGGAGGAUAGUAUGAGUGUCAAGUCUAUGGAAUCAGUGGCAACCAGCGAUGAAUAUGAAUUUGUGAGUGACAAGGGUACUACCAAGCAACAACAAACGUUACUUGAGGCGCCGAUGUUAAAAAUUGCCAAUAACGGAAAUUUAGAGGAUCUGCAAAAUAAUCUUCGUGAGGUAUUAACGGAAGAUUCAAAAAUGGAGGGUAGAGAUUACAAAGUAACAAAUCCUGUCCAACAAAAGGCCAAGAAAGUAGGACACAGCAAAUUUUAUGACGUUAGUUCCUGUAUAAAUGGUACAGAAAAGCAAGACGUAAUGAAACCUGAUGAUUUCAUAGAGGAGGGUUUGUAUGUUUUAGAAUUAAACACAUUAUCGCAUGUACAACAAGAAUGCACAAUUUUCAAUGGUGUUACGUAUCUGGGAGCUGCAGCAAUAAAUGCACCAAAAUCAGAAUGUGAAAUACAACGUAAUAUGAAUAUUUUAAAUGCCGAACAAUCUCUUAACCUGGGUAUUAAAAUUUCAGUCUCUGUACCGAGUAGUUCCCAAGGUUCUGUCGUUUUAUACGAUGCUGCCACUCAGCAACCAAUUGCCCAUUAUGAAGUACAACGAAUUUUAUUUUACGCACGUGGAGAAAGUUCUGGACUGUGUGCCGCAUGCUUCGCUUUCACAUGGUCUCAUGGUGAUACCUUGGAAUCUGCUAUUUAUCAAUGUCAUGUCUUUCGAUGUAAUAUACCAGAAGCAGUUGGACAAGUGUCAGCUUGUUUCUCUAAAGCCUUUCACAGAAUACCACGUUCAAUGACAAAUUCUUUAACAGGGAGUGACUUUAAUAAUUAUAACUCGGGCGGUGAAAAAAUUAAUUCUCGUGUAUUUAUUUUUGAAGUUACCAUGGAAGUUAAGGAGGAAGAUGGUAAAGGUGGUUUUAGUACUGUUCCUAAGGACAGGAAUUGUUUCAAAUUUCGGAGUAAUAUAGCAAAGCAAGUUUGUUUGAGUAUACAACAAGUUUCCAGUAAGGAAGGAGGUAUUACUCUUGAAGUUGAGAGAUGUUUUGGUGUUCUUGUUAGUCCAGGACGUAAUGUGAAACAUAGUGAUAUGCGAUUACUUGAAAUGCAAGUCAGUACUGGCCCAAUAGUCCAGGAUCGAUGUUACAAUAUAUGUGGCCAAUGGGAUCCAGCUGAUCCAGCUUUGGAAACUCUUAAUAUAGAAACACCUAGAGAGGGCAAAAUAUUCAUGACAGUAGCAGUUGAUUUAGUUAUACGAGGUAUUAGGGAACCAGUGAGAUUCGUAAUCGAAACUCCUGUUAAAGUAUUUCCACAAAAUGAGAGAUUUUGGUACUUUAAUAAGAGAAAUUUAGUCCAACAAUUUUAUCUUAACUCUAAAGAGAUAAUAUCUGGCGAUGGGAGUGAAGUUCAUUACGAGGUGCAAAGUAUAGAAACAUCAGGAGAAUUAGAUAGAAAUAGAUUAAAUCUUGCUCUUAAUUUAGCUUCCUUAAUCAGAUCGCCCUCUUUGACUAGCAUUGACACUUUAACUCCCAAGGAGGAAAUAGAUUCAGAUGGAGAUGAGCCAAUGUUAAGUGGGACAGGUGAAGUAUCAAAAGAUUGUUCUGCAGAUGAAUUGGCAAGCUGGGGAGAAGUUUUGGACAGUUGGCAAAUUAAUGAUCAACGUCCGAAGCUUCUAAUAAAACUGACGAAACAAGGAAUUCCUGAAGCAUUACGCGGUGAGGUAUGGCAACGUUUAAGUAAUUGUGACAAUUCCCAGGAAAUGAUGGACAAGUAUAGAACACUGAUUACUAAGGAAAGUAGCUGUGAAAGUGUUAUAUUAAGGGACAUCAACAGAACAUUUCCAGCACAUGAUUUCUUCAAAGAAACCGGUGGUUUAGGCCAGGAUUCUUUGUACAGAAUAAGUAAAGCUUAUGCAGUAUAUGACGAAGAAGUUGGAUAUUGUCAAGGUUUAAGUUUUUUAGUUGCUAGUUUAUUGUUACAUAUGCCCGAAGAACAAGCCUUUUGUGUACUUGUAAGAUUAAUGUACGAUUAUGGUUUACGAGAUUUAUACAAAGACAGAUUUGAUAAUCUUCACAUGAGAUUUUAUCAAUUGAAUCGUUUAAUAGAGGAUCAACUUCCCGAACUUUAUAAACAUUUCUGCGAUCGUGGUGUUGAAACACAUAUGUUUGCAGCACAAUGGUUUUUGACUCUAUUUACAGCUAGAUUUCCAUUGUAUCUUGUAUUCCACAUUUUAGAUGUUUUCCUCUUACAAGGACUCGACACUCUCUUCCAAGUAGCUCUUGCAUUGUUAAUGUUAUGCAAAAAGGAGUUAUUACAACUGGAUUUUGAAAGCAUUUUAAAGUACUUUAGAGUGCACUUACCUAAACGUUGCAGAAACGAGGAAAUAUCACGUUAUGUAAUGAAACUGGCCUGUUCCGUUACAUUGAAGAAAUUGAAGAAAUAUGAAGCAGAAUUCAUGACAUUAAAAGAGGCUCAAGAAAAUGCAGAUGAAUACAGUAAUGAGGUGGAACAAUUAAGAGGUACAGUUGCAAGAAAUGAGGAAGAAAAGCAGAGAUUGGAAGCAGAGCUAGCUCAAGUUAAAGAAAUGCUACAGCGUGAGGUAACAAGAGCCGAUGCAGAGAGUCGUCGAAGUAAUAUUAUUAUUGCUGAAUAUAAACAGAUUUGUCAACGUUUGGAAGAUGACUAUAAUGCUGCAAAAGCAACUUUAAGUGAAUUACGGUCUAAGGUAUCAAGGUGUGAUAAAUGUAGAACAUGCAUAAUGGAUUCAUCUAGUAUAUUAGCAGAUAUAGCACAUCCUUUAGAAAAUCGAAUUGACCCCAUGCUGCAUAGAGUACAAGAAAGAGUAAGAGAAUUAGAAUUAGAAUUGGCACAGACAAAAUUAGCACAUGUGGAAGCAGAAUGUAGAAAUCAGGAUUUAACACACCAAUUACAUGCAACUGCUUCUGAACUUCAAGCUGCACGAAAUAGUUGGCCAUGGCUCAGUAAAACUUUGUCUACUAUAAAAGAAGCGACAAACAAGCGAGAAGUUAUAGGCCCUUCGUCAUUAAGAGAUUUAAGACGCGAAAGUACUCCAGGAGAUGACGUACAUCAUCAUAUAAUAAAUUCACGUAGCCGUGAUAGUCGUGAUAGUCUUAAGGAAAUAGUGUAGUAAGGUAAGUGAUUUUCUCACGACGUGUGCAAUUAUCCUUGAAUAUUGCAUUUGAAAGUUAUGAUUAUUUCGAUGAAAACAUCACAAUAACAAUAUUUUUUUUAAGUAGGCCAAGAUUAAUAGAAGAGUAAAUAUGUAUAUGAGUGUGUACGUGUGUUGUGUGCGUGUGUGUGUAGACGCGCGCGCACUCGCGCACACACUAAAUGAGACAUUUAUGUAUUCGUUAUGUUACAUGACGCAUGCAUAACGUACCUACAAUUAAUGCAGCUGUAUUAUCUCUUACACUAAUAUUGUAUUAAUUUUCUUUUUUUUAAGAAAUUGUUUUUUAAUAUGCUCAUUUAUUUUUAUAAGUCCUUAAUAUGUUAAACGCUAAAAAUAAUAAAAUUCUUUUUAUUAUUCUUUCAUGAAAUUACAUAAAAAAGAGCAUGGUGCAAAUUUUCAAAUAGUCCUAAGUUAGUCUAAUCGAAAUUAAUGCUUUUGUCCUUCGAUUGAUAGAAGUGAGCAAAAUCGAAUGAGAGGAAACUUAAAUAAGCAAAUAAUUAACUUUAGUCAAGUUUGCAUAUGAGAGCAUAAAAAAAUUUCAUUAUAAAAAUACAUGAAGAAUGACAUUGUCCAUGCAGAUAAGAGAAACUAUUCGCUAUAAUAAAUUAUAUUAAGAAACGAAAAUAUUUAUCCCAUGUUUUCUAUGGUAUUUAUUUAAAAUUUGAAAAAUGGAAAAUAGAAAUGUUGCGAGAAAUGUUCGUUCAUAUGUAUGCGUAUAUUACAUGUUUAAACUAAAGUAUAUAUACACACAAUUAUUUCUUGGGCUGUUAAGGAUAUUUAAAAACAAAAAGGAAAAAUAGAAAACAAGAUAAAAAAGCUGCAUUUAUGCACAUAUUCUUUUCAUUUACAUUUUAGCUAAUACAUACAGCUCAUAUUAAUACUUUAAGAUAAAAAGUACUGAAGAUAACUACUCACAGCCAUACAUCAAAAGUUAAUGUACUAUAUCCCUUUUAAUGUGUUUUGAAUAAUAAAAAAAGAAAAGGAAAAGGAUAAAAAAAAAAAAAAAGUUAAGAAAAAGAAAUAAAUAAG